GUGCAGCUGGACUCCGUGGGACUGGUGAACGCUAAGAGAUGUCCACUCCCCCUCUCGCUGGGGCAGGCAUGCCACCGGGUGCCUUCUCCGGGACGCAGGCUCAAGCAGCUAGGGAGGUAAACACGGCUUCUCUCUGUCGAAUUGGCCAAGAGACUGUGCAGGACAUUGUAUUUCGAACCAUGGAAAUCUUCCAGUUACUGAGGAACAUGCAGUUACCGAAUGGUGUUACUUAUCAUGCUGGAACAUAUCAAGACAGACUGGGAAAGCUGCAGGAACAUCUCCGUCAGCUAUCAAUACUCUUCAGAAAACUGAGACUAGUCUAUGACAAAUGCAAUGAAAACUGUGCUGGGCUCGAUCCCGUUCCCAUAGAACAACUUAUUCCAUAUGUUGAAGAAGAUGGCUCCAAGCACGAUGAUCGUGGUGCUGCAAGUCAGCUUCGUUUUGCUAGUGAAGAGAGAAGGGAAAUCAUGGAAGUAAAUAAGAAACUGAAACAGAAGAAUCAGCAGCUGAAGCAGAUCAUGGAUCAGUUACGGAACCUCAUUUGGGACAUAAAUGCCAUGUUGGCAAUGCGGAACUGAACGAGAAAAAUCAAACUUUGUAACUGGAAAAGAUACAAAUUUGUUUGUAUAUUCUUAAUUUCUUUCUAAGAAGUAACAUCUUUUCCCAUAACUGUAUUGCAGUAAUGUUUGAAAAGUCUUCAAGAUUAAAAUAUUGAUUUUUUCCUAAUAAUUUAAAUGGUAUUGGCAUUGU